AUAAUCAUGGUGGAGCUGGUAUCAUCUAAUCAGAAGAGGUCACACCGUAAUUGUGCAACCUCUGUAGGUGUUUAUGGUUCAUCUGUAGUCACUGGAGGAAAAGAUUCCUGUGUCCUUUUGUACGAUUGUACCCUUGGUCAUAUCCGCAACAGCGGUCGUUACGAAAUAUCGGCGGUGUCUGCUGUGCGUACUAAUGUGUUAAGUGUUGAUAUAGUAGGAGAAAGAGUGAUAUGUGGUACAUCAUCCGGUCAAUUACACAUUUUGGAUACCCGUGGCAAUGGGUCUAAUCGCAUUUUGGCACACGUUGGCCAAGUUAGUUGUGUAAAAUGGUUAGAGGCCACUAGAAACAUAGUGUGUAGCACAUCUUUGGACGGUAAAGCAAAGGUGUGGGAUAUUAGACACACUUCAAUCGCUUUGCACGAACUUAUUGGUCAUACGUCGGGGGUCAAUAGUUGUGAUUCACUCCCUAACACUUCAUCUCAGGAUGAGUUUUCUAUGGGUUUUACCGAUUAUUUAGAAAGGUUACUGACUGUUGGUAGCGAUCGCACGGCACGUUUGUGGAACCUUAAUAGUGGAACGCAUUUGGUUUUUAAGAUACCUCCUACUCUGUCACAGAAUGCGGAGUCUUGCUGUAUUAUAUGUAGUAAACCUCACUACAUAUUUGCAACAGGCCUAGACACCGAAUAUUUGUUGAUAUUUUCGUUGAAACUGAAUAAGCAUAUAGGCCAGUUUUCAUUAGGCGGUACAAACGUAUGGAUCAAUUGCAUCCGUUUAUGUGGUCCAUAUCUGCUUGUUGGUACUAAUACUGGCAAGUUGUUAUUUAUACGAUACACUUUCCAUGACAAUUAUUCUAAUUGUACGUUGGAAAUUGCGUGUUCGUUUGAUUAUCAAGGCUCAGUAAAUGACAUUCGUUUUGAGCAAGACAAAGACAGUCUCUGUGUGUAUUUGGCAUUGGGAACAGAAGUGCGUCUUGGUCGUUGGGGAGAAUGCCAAUUAGCCAUGGACGCGAAGCCUCACAACCUAAUAAACCAAUCGGUAUUUAAGAUAUGAAUUUAUUUAUUACGCUAUUGUGUGAUGUGG